UCUUGACAUUGAUUUUCAGUCAUUCCACAGUGUACAUUCGAUUGCAAAGGGUCUACUUGGUUGAAACAUUUGAAAAUUCGGUUGUAAAAAUGAGCAAUGACAAGCAGCAAAAUGAAAAAGCCUCUGACGAUAAAGCGACUGCCGCACCUACGCCCAUACCAGCAUGGGUUGAGCCAUCCCUAUUCGAACCUGUUAUUCGCCAAAAAUUUCCAGAAUUGAAGCAGAUCAAGGAUUUUAAGGCAAUACCGGCAUUAGCGGCGGGUGAAAAUUUUGCAACACUAAUGUUGCGAUUGACUGCGGAAAUCGAAUUGAAAGAUGGAUCAUCCAAGAAUGUUUCGUUAAUGUUAAAGACUGCCUUUGACAUAGAUAUUUUCAAGCAAAUGGUACAAUUUCACGAUAUUUUUACUGUCGAAUCGGAUGUCUACAAAGAAGUCAUACCAGAGUUGGAAGACAUGUACAGAGCGACGGGAGUUGAAGUAAAAUUUGGACCUAAUUCAUAUGAACUGACAACUGAUCAGCCAUAUAUCUUACUGGAGGAUCUCUCAACAAGAGGUUUUAAGAACAUGAAUCGUUUGGAAGGCCUAGACCAGGAACAUGUCCUUGCCGCACUCACUAAACUGGCUCAGUGGCAUGCGGCCUCUGCUGUGCGCGUAGCAAAUAAAGGUCUCUAUAAAACUACCAUAGGUAGAGAAAAAAUGAAGGAAGGUGCAGAAGUAAUGUUAAAAGGCAUGUUCGAUAAUAUGUUUACACCAUUUUUAAAAUGCGCCACAUCGUAUGAAGGGGUUGAAGAUUUCUACGAGGCAAUGAAAGCUAAAUCUGAAAAUAUGGUCGAACACUUCAUUAAACAAACUGAAAGUGAGAAACAAGGAUUUUGCGUCUUGAAUCAUGGCGAUAUGUGGUCAAAUAAUGUGAUGUUUCAGCACGAUGCUUUUGGCAAUAUCAAAGAAACUUAUUUUGUCGAUUUUCAAUUACCCAGAUAUGGUUCGCCAGUUCAAGAUUUGUAUUACUUUCUCUUAUCAUCGUCAAAAUAUGAAAUAAAACUUGCAAGCUUCGACUAUUUCAUUAAAUAUUACCACGAUUGCUUGGUGCAAAAUUUAACACUGCUGAACUACUCGAAAAAGGUGCCAACAUUACGUGAUCUCCAUAUAAUGAUGUAUCAAGGUGGAAUUUGGGGUUUUGUUACAGUUACGGGGGUAAUGUGUGCUGUCCUCUUGGACCCAAAUGAAGAUGCUAGAGGUGAAAACUUAUUUGCCAAUACAGAAGUGGCGAAAUCAUUACAAGCCCAAAUGUACGGGAACGCGCGAUAUCGCAAACACGCCGAAGCUCUCCUACCAUGGCUUUAUGAUCGUGGUGCCUUCUAGAGGAUUAAAAGCUUUAAUAAUAAAUUUUUGUUUUUGUCAUACUUCAAUGUAAAUAAAAUAUUUCAGGUUUAUUUUUUCUUAAUAUAUUAGUUAAUAAAUUUCUUAUAAACACCCAUU